AUGGAUAAACGUGCUGUUGAUAAUAGUAACAUAAUUGCAACAAAUAAUGAUGCAUGUCAGUGUAAACUCUACGCAAUUGAACGUGGAUAUUGGAAUGAUCCGUAUUUAAAAAUUCUCGCUGGUUCAAUACAACAAGAACGACGUACACCAGAAAUCAGUCUUGGCUAUUAUGUACGCGUUCAUGGUGUUCGUUAUUUAAUUGAAAAGUUUAUAAAACUAACGAAUAAUGAUUGUCAAAUAAUAAAUCUUGGCUGUGGUUUUGACACAACAGUAUUUUACUUAUUAGAUAAUGAAAAUCUUCGUUUUAAACAUUUUGUUGAUAUUGAUUUCGAAGAAAUCACUGAACUAAAAUCAAAUAAAAUUCAUCGUUUACCUUCUCUACGUAAUAAAUUACCAAUGGAUAAUAAAUCAUUGAAAAUUCCAUGCGGAUUUCAUUCAUCAUUAUAUACAAUUUUACCAGCUGAUCUACGUAAUACAACACAAUUAGAUAAUCAAUUAAAACUUCUUGCAACGAAUAGUAUUAUUGAUUUUACAAAACCAACAUUAUUCCUAAGUGAAUGUGUUUUAAUUUAUAUGUCAAAUGAACACUCAUUAAAUCUAUUAAAGUAUUUAUCUCAAACAUUUUCUCAAUGUUGUUUAUUUUUAAACUUCGAACAAAUUAAUAUGAACGAUCGUUUUGGAGAAAUUAUGUUUGAAAAUUUAAAACAACGUUCAUGUCAUUUAAUUGGUAUGGAAUCAUGUCAAUCAUUAAAUAGUCAAUGUGAACGAUAUAAAAAUACAAAUUAUACUUCAUCAUUUUGUUUAACAUUAAAUGAAUAUUAUAAAAAAUAUUUGAAUAUAAACGAAAAAAGACGAAUAGAAAGGAUCGAUGGAGGUUUAGAUGAAAAAGAAUUAUUAGAACAGUUAUUUGAACAUUAUUGCUUUUCAUGGGCAUAUCGAGAUGAAAAUAAUCUCGGUUUAAAUAAAAUAACAUUUGAAUAA